UCCCCUUUGUAUGGAGGUCGUCGUCUAUCGUGGCCGAGAAAAUCUCGUGUCUAGAUUUUCCCCUUUCCCGCGAAAUUCAGCUCUCUCGCGCCAAGCAAAAUCAGCGAGGCCGCGCCCUUCUUCUCCACGAUGACCUUGUUCCCACUCCGCCUUCUCCUGCACGAGGACCACGACGCCCCCCUCCUUCUGAACCAGAUCAAUUCCUUGCUGUGUUUCGGCUCUGUUCAUCUUCUCCUGUAGUUUAUUUUCCAAAUCGAGAGAAUGGUGCGGCAAUCAACACGGAUUCCUGCUCCGCCGCCGUCGCCGUCACCAUUGGGAACGCAGCAGGUCUCCUCAGCUGAGAACGCAUCCGCCCUCUUCCGAUCCACGCCGGUUUUUUGGCCGGGCGAGAUGACCAGAAGCAGAGCAUCCUCGAGUCAGCCUCCUCCUGCGGACAAGCAUGCGUGGAAUAUCCCUGCCGCCGGCUUCUCAACACCUAUCCCAAAUUGGGGUGUCGAUCCUCGCCCUCCUGGUGGUUUUGUCAACUAUUUGCAUGACCCAUCAAGUGUUCUACCGCAACAACCAGUUAAUCAACAUACCAUGGCACAAAAUUUUCAUUUUGUUGGCGGUCCUUUGCCUUCUGCUCCAUUUUCAGCACCACAACCAUCUGUGUUCAGAGGAAUUCCAUCACCAUCACUUGCCAAUGAGAGGACUCCACUUCAAACAUCUCAGUCACAGCGAGCUACCAAUCUUGACAGUGGUGAUGAGGAUGGAGAUGUUAGGACUGAGAAGCGACUUGCAUGGACAAAAGAUGAAGAUGAAAGAUUGAUGAGUGCUUGGUUAUACAAUUCAAAUGACCCAAUCAGUGGCAACAACAAGAAGAGUGAUCAAUAUUGGGGAGAUGUUGCUAGGGUCUACAACAGCACUACUCCAAGAAGUCGGAAAAGAAGUGUGAAACAAGCAAAAGAUCAUUGGCAUAGUCUUAACAAGCUGGUAUAUCAGUUCCACUGCUGUUAUAGCAAAGCUUCUGCCAUAUAUGCUAGUGGACAGUCUGAUGCUCAGCUGCUAGAGAAAGCCUUCAAAUUCUAUGAGGAUGACUAUAAAUCACAAUUUCAUCACUAUGACUGUUGGAAGGCUGUUAAUGAGUGGCCAAAAUGGCGUACUUACAAUGAGUGGCUUGAGAACACGAAGAAAAGAAAGACAUCAGAUGCAGGGGUGGCGGGAGAGGACACUUCUUCCCCAAAAGAUGCUGAAGAUAUCCCGCGUCCGAUAGGAACAAAAGCAGCGAAGGCUGAGCGUAAUGGCAAAGGGAAGUCAAAGGAGGUUGCAGCUGAUAUGGAGUUGCUCGAGAAGUUGGUAGCUGCCCAAGCUGAAGGUAAGAAAGCUAGUAGUGAGAAGAUAGAAAUGAGGAAACGUGUCUCUUCUGAGAAGCUUGAAACAGCAAGGCUAUCAGCAGAAACAGCAAGGCUCUCGGCCCAAGCAGCAAAGGACAAUAUGGAAGCUAGAAAGCUAGAUAAGGAGGCUGAAAUGAUGAGAGCUUACAGGGAGCUUCUUGUGCAAGAUACAAUAGGGAUGACAGAUGAAAUGAGGAACGAGCAUGUGAAGACACUGAAGGUUAUGAGAGAGAGAUUAUUUGGUGUGUAGGAUCUGGAGCAUAGUGUUCAUCCACUUUCAUGUCAACAAGCUUUUACAUGGCUUGAUUAAUUUUUAGUGGUUUAUGUUGUUUUUUAAGUCCAAGCAUAGUGAUAUCUGUUUAUCUGUUUCAGAUUUAUUUCCGAACUUAUUUUCCUUUCCAGGAACUUCCAAGUUGUUUAUGAACUCUGUAGAACUGAUCAGCUUUGCUACUCCCAAGUUGAU